CCUGUUAAAAUUACUGGCUUUUGUGAUGUAUAAAAAAUGGCACCAAGAUAAACCAUGUCAGAUCUUUUCCACUUUUAAUACAAUAUAGCAACCAACAAUAUUCAAGUUAAAAACAAAUCUAAAUAUGUUUUAGGUGGAAGAAAAAAAAAAAAACUUAGAAUAACCUGGUUCCACAAAUGUGCACACCCCUUAAUUAAUGCUUUGUUAAAGCAUCUUUUGCUUGUAAUACAGCAGUUGGUCUUUUGGGGUAAGAAUCUACCAACUUAACACAUCGAUUUUAUUCCACUCUUCCUCGCAAAAAUGCUCCAGAUCUAUCCCAUUGUGAGGGGAUCUCCUGUGCCCCGCCCUUUUCAAGUCAUCCCACAGGUCUUUGAUAGGAUUUUGAUCUGGACUCUGACGGAGCCAUUCCAAAACAUUGAUCAUCAUCUUCAGAAGCCAUUCCUUUGUUGACUUGGAUUUGGCUUUGGGUCGUUAUCAUGCCGGAAGGUCAAUUUUUGUCUAACAGAGGCCUGUGGGUUUUGUGCCAAAAUAGAGUGAUAUUUGGAGCUAUCCAUGAUUCCCUCUAUCUUUACUAGACCCCAGUCCCAGCUGAAGAUAAGUAGCUCCAUAGCCUGAUGCUGCCACCACCAUGCUUCACUGUGUGUAUGGUGUUCUUUAGGUGAUAAGUUGUAUUAUUUUUGUACCAAACAUUUCUUUUAGAAUGAUUAGUGUUCUACCUUGAUCUCAUCAGACCAUAAAACAUUUUGCCACAUGGUUUGACGUGCUUUAUGCAGGUUUGGAUUUAAUUUUUUCAUGAGAAAAGGCUUCCGUGUAGCCGUCCUACCUCGUAACCCAGACAUGUGAAGAAUACGAGAGAUUGUCACAUGCGGUGAGCAACCAGUAGAUAUUUCUGCAGCUCCUAUAAUGUUGUCUGAGGUCCUUUGGCAGCCUUCUUGGUAAUCGUCUUCUUGUCCUUUCGUCAGUUUUGGAGAGACGUCUUGUGCUUGGUUCAUUGUGGUGCUUAAUUUUCUCCACUUGUUGACAAUGACCUCCUUGGUGUACCAUGCUAUGUACAUCUAAUGUUUUGGAAAUUCCUUUCUACCCCUCUCCUGAUCAGUACUUUUCAACGAUGAGAUCCAGUACAUGCUUUGUAAACAGAUCAUGGCUUCAGGAAUCAGAUGGGAACAAUAAAAUCCUACAGAAACAGCUGCUUUUUGGGAGGUUAAUUAAAAUGUGUUAAUUGAUUGAUUACAUGUGUAUGAUAAUUACAUUUGAUCAUAAGUUUGAAUAUGAUAGGUUAAUUCUGAUGCCCCAUUAUAAAAAGGUGUGCACACUUGGGCAACCAGGCUAUUGUACGUUUUUGUUGUUGUCGUUUGCUUGUUUUUGUUAUUACCCUAAAAUGUUUCUAUUUAUUCUUCUACUUGCAUCUUGUUUUGCUAGAUCACAUUAAAGGUGGAAAAAGUUCUUGCAUGAUUUAUCUUGGGUUCAUUUAUUUAUAACACAAAACCCUGCAAUUUUAACAUGGGUGUGUAGACUUUAUUUUAUUUUAUAUCCACUGUAUGACAUAUGCGUCUGAGAUAUGACAGGGUGCAGCUUACAAACACCAUGUUUUUUAUUUCUCCAAAAAUGUUUUUGGAGAAAUAACACAGUGCAGCUUUAAAAAAAAAAAAAAAAAAAAAAAAAAAAAAAAGAUUAAAAAGAUGAGUGCAUAGUGUUUUUUUUUUCCUAGGCUGGUGAAAUUACAAGUAGGCAUAUAUCAAGUGUAAACAAAUGUAUAGAACUUUUUCGAUUCAAGAUGAUCAUGAACUGUGAGGAGAAAGUACAUUUUGAAAUAUAAACAUUAAAUAUUGGCACAUGCCUCUGAAACAUGUUCACCAGUCCAGUACCCUUUCACAUUUCCCAUAGAAAGUAUUUCCCCACAUCAGAUCUCCACCUGAGCUGUUAACACUACAGCAGGAGGCCAUGAGGGUGUGAACAGAAAAAAAAACAGAGGAGCAGAACGAGAGAACAAGCGGUGGGCUGCGAUUCCAUUCAGCUGGCAUCCAAUAAGGAGGCUGGGUGAUGAAAAGGGGCGUGUCCUGUUCUGAGUAACAUCUGUGUGUGUGUGUGUUUGCAAGCCAGAGACAUAAGGAGGUUGGAAGGGCGUUUGUUUGAGAAUGCUGGCAGCAGUGUGAGGGGCUGAGAGAACCGGUUGGCUGAGGAGGGAACAGCAUAGAUGUGAACAUUUUGAACACCUUUCUGGAUUUAGAAACACCGGAGCUUCAUUUCAGCGAGUUUGCUGUGCAGCCGAUCAUGUUAACUCGAGAGGGAUGCCUUUGGCAGAUGGAGUCUGAACAGAGAUGCAAAGGGUCUUUGUGACAGAGACGGGUCUAGAUAGCUGAGGCACUUGAGGGAGGAACACCAGCCCCUUACCCUUUAUCCCUCACCCUUGACCCUUACCCCUCCCCCUCCCCUCAAGGAGCCAUGGCGCCUCGUAAACGUGGUGGUGGAGGUCGUGGCGGAUCCUUUAUCUUCUGCUGCUUCCAGAGCAAUGACCACCCGGAGAUCACCUACCGGCUGCGGGAGGACUUUGUCCUGCAGACCAUGGAGCCCACGCUCCCCAUUCCCAGCUACGAUGAGCUGGACUGCAUGUUCUCUGAACUUGUGGAUGAGCUGGACCUCACAGAGAAGCACAGAGAGGCCAUGUUUGCAUUGCCUGCAGAAAAGAAAUGGCAGAUCUACUGCAGCAAGAAGAAGGAGCAAGAAGAGAAUAAAGGUGCUACGAGCUGGCCGGAGUACUACAUCGACCAGCUCAAUUCAAUGGCAGCUAGGAAGACUCUUCUGGCUCUGGAGAAGGAGGAGGAAGAGGAACGCAACAAGACCAUAGAAAGCCUCAAAACUGCACUGCGGACACAACCUAUGAGGUUUGUCACUCGUUUUAUAGACCUGGACGGUCUUACCUGCAUCCUGAACUUCCUGAAGAGUAUGGACUAUGAGACCACGGAGUCCCAAAUUCACACAUCCCUCAUCGGCUGCAUCAAAGCACUGAUGAACAACUCGCAGGGCCGAGCUCAUGUGCUUUCUCACCCCGAGAGCAUUAACAUCAUUGCCCAGAGCCUGGCCACCGAGAACAUCAAGACCAAGGUGGCCGUGCUGGAGAUCAUGGGAGCUGUGUGUCUGGUGCCCGGAGGUCAUAAGAAGGUUUUAGAGGCUAUGCUGCACUACCAGAAGUUUGCUUGUGAACGGACACGGUUUCAGAUGCUUCUAAAUGAUCUGGACCGAAGUACGGGGCGGUACAGAGAUGAGGUUAGCUUGAAAACAGCCAUCAUGUCCUUCAUUAAUGCUGUUCUGAGCCAGGGAACUGGAGAGACCAGUCUUGAGUUCAGGGUACAUUUGAGAUACGAGUUCCUCAUGUUGGGGAUUCAGCCAGUCAUUGAUAAACUCAGGUCACAUGAAAACUCUACAUUAGACCGGCAUUUGGAUUACUUUGAAAUGCUGAGAAAUGAUGAUGAACUGACUUUAUCCAGACGCUUUGAGAGUAUACAUGUCGACACUAAAAGUGCAAGCCAGGUGUUUGACCUUAUACGCAAGAAGAUGACUCACACAGACGCAUACCCGCACUUUAUGUCCAUACUGCACCACUGCCUGCUAAUGCCAUAUAAGAGGAGCGGGAACACAGUGCAGUAUUGGCUGCUUCUUGACCGCAUUGUCCAACAGAUGGUCCUCCAGAAUGACAAAGGUCAUGACCCUGAUGUCACCCCUUUAGAAAACUUUAACGUCAAGAAUGUGGUUAGAAUGCUCGUCAAUGAAAAUGAGGUCAAACAGUGGAAAGAGCAGGCUGAAAAGAUGCGGAAAGACCACCACGAGCUUCAGCAGAGGUUAGAGAAGAAGGAAAGAGAGUGUGAAGCCAAAUCCCAAGAGAAAGAUGAAAUGAUGCAGACGCUCAACAAGAUGAAGGAGAAGCUUGAGAAAGAGACUGGAGAACAUCGACUGGUUAAGCAGCAAGUGGCAGAGCUUAGUACCCGUCUUCAUGAUCUCAGCACGAGGCAGGCAGCUGUUGUACCCGGUGGUCCCCCAGUCGUCCCCGGACCCCCAGGUGGUCCUCUCCCCCCACUUCCUCCUCCACCCCCAGGAGGAAUGAUGCCACCUCCUCCACCACCUCCUCCCUCUGGUGCCAUGAUGCCCCCACCGCCACCUCCUCCACCUGGUGGCCCUCCACCUCUCCCUGGACGCCCUCUUGGUGGCCCACCGCCUCCUCCAGGAGCCCCUGUAGGCCCAGCUCUCAAGAAGAAGAAUAUUCCCCAGCCAUCAAAUCCACUGAAGUCCUUCAACUGGUCCAAGUUGUCUGAGAGUAAGUUGGAGGGCACAGUGUGGGCUGAAGUUGAUGACAACAAGGUUUUCAAAGUCUUAGACCUGGAAGACAUUGAGAAGACCUUCUCAGCAUACCAGAGACAACAGGACUUCUUUAUGAUCAAUAACAGCAAACAGAAAGAGGCCGAGGACGACAUGCUGAGCUCAAAGAAAGUCAAAGAGCUCUCGGUUAUAGAUGGCCGACGGGCACAAAACUGCAAUAUACUGCUCUCACGCUUGAAACUCUCCAAUGAGGAAAUGAAGAGAGCUAUCAUGACUAUGGAUGAACAGGAAGAUCUUCCUAAGGAUAUGCUGGAGCAGAUGUUGAAGUUUAUCCCAGAGAAGAGUGAUGUGGAUCUGCUAGAGGAACACAAACAUGAGCUGGACCGCAUGGCAAAGGCAGAUCGUUUUCUCUAUGAAAUGAGCAGAAUAAACCAUUACCAGCAGAGGUUACAGUCUCUGUACUUCAAGAAGAAGUUUGCAGAGAGAAUCGCAGAAAUAAAGCCCAAAGUUGAAGCUUUAAUUAAAGCCUCUAAAGAGGUGCUGCACAGCCGAAACCUUAAGCAGCUCCUCGAGGUUGUUCUGGCAUUCGGAAACUACAUGAACAAGGGUCAGAGAGGGAAUGCUUAUGGUUUUAAAGUAUCCUCGCUCAACAAGAUCGCAGAUACCAAGUCUAGCAUUGACAAGAACAUCACUCUUUUACACUACCUGAUCACCAUCCUAGAGAAGAAGUAUCCAAAAGUCAUGCAGUUCCAAGAGGACCUCCAGAACGUGCCAGAAGCCGCUAAAGUCAAUAUGACCGAGUUGGAAAAGGAGAUCAACAACCUGCGCAGUGGCUUGAAGAAUGUGGAAAGUGAGCUGGAUUUCCAGAAAAAGCGUCCACAGGAGGUGGGAGAUAAGUUCGUGUCUGUGGUCAGCCAGUUCGUUACACUGGCCAGUUUCAGCUUUUCUGAUGUAGAAGAUUCCCUUAAUGAAGCCAAGGAACUGUUCGAUAAAGCGGUGAAGCACUUUGGUGAGGAUGCUGGGAAGAUGCAACCGGACGAGUUCUUUGGCAUCUUCGACCAGUUCCUGCAAGCCUUCACAGAGGCUCGGCAGGAGAACGAGAACAUACGGCGACGCAAAGAGGAAGAGGAGCGCCGGGCACGCAUGGAGGCACAGCUAAAGGAGCAGCGAGAGAAAGAAAGAAAAGCCCGGAAAGCCAAAGAGAGCGGAGAGGAUAACGGGGGUGAGUUUGAUGACCUGGUGUCAGCGCUGCGCUCCGGUGAGGUGUUUGAUAAGGACCUGUCCAAAAUGAAGCGGAACCGCAAACGGAUCAACAGCCAAACCACAGACACGGGCAGAGAGCGUCCCAUCACUAAACUCAACUUCUGAGAUAUGUCCACUUUGGCCAUCCACAAUGCUUAACCUUCUCACCUAAGGCCCAUUCUUUCAUAUGUGCUAUCCAGAACUGUUCUAUUCCUUCACUGGACAAUACUGCCUCAUGGUGGGGGAUACUGGAAGAGCACUCAUUUGCAACAUUUGGAAAGAGGACUUAUUGGCCUAAAGGUUUUGCCCACACAUUUUGCCCCUUCUGACUCUGAGGACUGAAUUGGGGGUACUGGUUAUAAAGUUGAAAGAUGAGUAUAUAAAUUCUAAGACUAUGCUGGUGCACCAAGACUACAGAAUUGCAAGACAAGAACAAAUUGCUAGUCAAAUCUGGAUUUAACCCAGGAAGAAAACAAAGCAUGGGUACAACAAUCUUCAUUCAUAAGUAGACCGACCUCACAUCUUUAUUUAAAACAAAAACACACACACACA